GUACGACAUACGGGGGACGACACAGGCUGAAGGAGUGCGCCUGGCCCGUGAAACCCACGCAAGCUCUGAUGACUUGUGUUAGCCCUAAGGUCAUGGAUGCGAUCAAACUAGCGUGGGACACCGGAUGCUUUCCGCACUUCUUUGAGGUGCUUGGCUUUGGUGACCUUGCCGUCCUCACGGGAGCCUGGGAUUGGAGUAGGAACGAAUUCGAUGAUGAACUGAGGGUAUUAUGCGAGAUGCUCGAGCUAAGGAAGCAGGAGUAUACUAAGGAGUGUAGGGAACUGGGGGGAAGAUCAGCCGGAGUUGAACAGAUCCUUCUGAGGAUCUGGGGUGUGGAUGAUUCGCAUCUAGAGGGACGAAUCCCCGAGAUCCGAGCAGGCGGGCAAAGAGCGAAAUGUGAUGAUCUCGCGAUCGAGGAGGAAGAGAAGGAGGAAAUGGAACGAGCGAUCGAGGCCAUCACGGCCACCAUUAGGGACUCCCCCCUCGCAAACGACAGGGUAGGUGGUAGUGCCUCUGAGCGGGAUCAGUACACGGCGUUCGCACCCCUUGCCUCUACGUACUGGGUAGAGCACACAUCCACGGGGUUCCGACACGCGAUCUUGAAGAUGGAGAGCUUUAACCACGUCGCACCAAUCUCCGUCAAGGCACUUCAGUUCCUGGGCAAUAUGAUCGAUGCACAGGUAAAGGAAUGUAGGGCGCAGGGCUCGAGUGGCAGCCUCAAUGCCCCAGGGCAGAUGAUCACUCUACCAACCGGUCGGAGAUCAUGGGAGAAGCAGAAGUCGGAGUGCGACGAAUUUCUGCACCUGAGAUACACCAGCAGAGUUAUGGAGCCGCUAUCCAUCAGGAGAUUGCUGAAUGAGAUCCUGGCAAGGUCUCGGAGGUACGCGGACAUGCGGAGCGACUCAUCGAUCAGACUGCUCCAGAACGAGGGUUGUACCCAUGUAAUCACCUUGGACACAUCAAUCACGGGAAACCCGCUACUCCAGGGCAUCAUCAACUCCGGACUCAACCAUAUCCCCUGCAUGGCCCUGGACGUGGAUGAAGCAGAGAGCGAGGUGGACGACUUCCUGGACAGACUCUUUACAACAGUAAUGGAACUGCGAGAUCUCACGACAUCCACCCGGUCAUUUUUGCGAAGGAUUGUCCUGAAGAAAGCAAAGGGGAGGAUUACGAAGUACCGGGAGGAGCACAGGCACGUAACCGCGGAGCCAUUCGAGCAUUCGGCAGUCAAACGCGAGCUGGAAUUCCUCACUGGCCGCUUCCUCAUUUGUCUAACGGAUAAGGCUCCGAAUACUCCUGCUUUCGUAUGCAAGAAUUUCAUACGGAAGAUGGCCUUUCAGAGACUGUCUGGCCCCGAAUUCGUCAGUAUCGCCCCCCCCCCUGCUGCAGUCAUAGCGCGCAUACAGGGCGAGCUUUCGGCCAUACCUGCGCUUCCAAUCGCAUCAGCGGCACUCCCGUAUCUCAUGACGGUGUUCAAGGCGCACAAGGGCACAUUUCGUUGGAUCACGAACACGACCAAUACGGUCGUGUCCCCUGCAGCGGACCUCUGUGCCUGUCUGCUUCGCUUCCUCCUUCCGUUGGCGCAGACGUUCUGUCAGGAAAGGAGCCUGGAGGUAGAGGAACAGUAUGGGGUGAGGCCAAAUCUAUGGUGGGCCAUAGCCUUAGUAGGGGAGUUCUCUGCGAAUCUUCUGGAGAAAGUCUUUUCCGUCUUCAGUACCGACAUCACCCGCUGCUUCGAGACGAUCCCCACGGACAACUCGGAGGAUAGUCUUCCGGCAGCGGUGAGAUUCUAUGUGCAAAGUGCGAUGCGGUGCGGCGGAAGAGGAGCUCGUGCUAUGUCAUUCGGGUCAGAGUAUGGGCGAAUGGCAGCCUGUGGCCAUCCUAGGUGGACAGCGAUCAGGCAGAGGGUAUGGCAUCUAUGGUCUUCAGGGAAGAGGAUAUUUGUUGGCUCACAGAGCGGUGCAUCGCCAACAGUGUACUGCGCAUGGGGGACUACGUAUGGAGGCAGGUGAGGGGGAUCCCCAUGGGUUUGGCAUGCUCGCCGAUCUGGUGCGACAUCUAUUUCUUCAAGUACGAAUAUCACGCCAUGAUGAGGCUGGCGGAUACGGGGAAUGCGCAUCUGAUCCCCUACUUCGCAAACACCUCCAGGUACAUCGACGACCUGGGUUCGAUCAACAACACGAUUAUCAAGGACUUCAUGAGGCAGAAGCAAGAUAGGGAAGCAAGCGACCCUUGUUGGAUCUACCCAGACGAGUAAAUAGAAAUUGAAGAG